AUGAUCCAUUCGGUAUUGAUAUUUAACAACGACGGCCUCCCUAGGUUGAUGAAGUUUUACACUCACGUGGAAAUACCCACGCAACGACUCUUGCUCCAACAGGUGCAUCAACUUAUCUCCAAGAGAUCAGCACUGGAAUGCUCAUUCAUAACGCCUCCCCCCCUUUUGGAAGACAUGGACGACAUCAAGGUUAUAUAUAGGCAUUACGCCACGCUCUACUUUGUCUUUAUUGUAGAUGAUCAGGAGUCUGAGUUGGGAAUAUUGGACUUGAUUCAGGUGUUCGUUGAGUGUUUGGAUAAAUGCUUCAACAAUGUAUGUGAAUUGGAUUUGGUUUUCGGCUGGCAAGUUUUGGAAACGGUAUUGGAAGAGAUAAUUCAAGGCGGAAUGGUGAUAGAUACGAACAUAGCAAGGAUUGUUUCAGCGGUGGACGAUGCAAACGGUCAGAAGAAUCAACAGGGAAUAACCUCAGGCUUCUCAAUAACCAAGGGGUUCGGAUGGAGAGCAUGA